UGGAACGACACAUAACACUUGCUGCUCGAUAGGGAAGAUUUACACAUCUUUUUAGAAAGUAUGGUUGCAAUCUUUUUGCUUUCGACGGCAGAUACAAAUAAUUUGAGGGCUUUCGAGGCUUGGCGGCAAUAAUUCAUGCAUAUACGCGCCCUCUACUAGCGCGUUUCGUUCAACAGAAGGCCAUCGAGGCGAAAGCGAGUGACUGAAAAUCUGCCGGAAUGCACGGUACGGAAAAUUUCAAGGAAAACAUACACGAAGACUAUGACAUCGAAGAUGAACUUGGAAGGGGACAGUUCGCCGUGGUCCGUAAGAUAGUCGAGAAAGACACCGGCGAUGAAUUCGCGGCGAAAUAUGUGAGGAAAAAGCGGACGGCAGCCAGCCGCAAUGGCAUGACCAGGAACGACAUUAUACGCGAGAUAGAAAUUUUGCGCAUGGUAGAUAAUGAGAAGAUCAUAAAAGUACACGACGUAUAUGAAACUGAUAGGGAGAUUAUAUUGAUCAUGGAAUUGCUCCGCGGUGGUGAACUCUUUGAUUAUAUCUCGAAAAAGGACUAUUUGACCGAGGAGGAAGCCAUUGAUUUUACCCGGCAAAUUUUACAAGGCUUACAGCAUCUACACAGCCGGAAAGUGGUGCAUUUAGAUCUGAAGCCUGAAAAUAUUUUGUUAAAAAACACAAGAAGAAAAACCAUUAAACUGGUUGAUUUCGGUCUGGCUCGAGUCGUCAAUGAAAAUGAGCCUGUUCGAGAAAUCAUGGGAACUCCUGAAUUUGUAGCCCCUGAAGUGUUGAAUUAUGAUGCAAUCAGCACAGCAACUGAUAUGUGGGCCUUGGGAGUUAUUGCAUAUAUUCUGCUAAGUGGUGCAUCUCCAUUUUUGGGUGAAUGUACCCAGGAGACCUUCACAAAUAUCAUUCAAGUUGACUAUCAGUUUGACGAGGAAUAUUUCUCGGAGAUCAGCGAUGAGGCGAAAGACUUCAUUCGAAAACUUCUUGUGAAAAACCCAAGGAAACGAAUGACCGCCCACGACUGCUCCCGUCACCCUUGGGUUGAAGAGGAGGUUGUUGAUAAAAAGAAGAGGCAGAGAAGAAGAACGACCCAGAUUUGUACGUUCAACUUCAAACGAUUUGUCGCGAGAAAACGAUGGAAGAUGGCUUAUAACAAAAUCCGUGCAAUGAACUUGAUUGCAAAGAUGGGAAUCAGGCCUCCGCCAGGAUUCAUCACUGAAAUUCCCCCCAUGGUUGAAAAGAACGGUGAAAGUCCCAGCCCAGAGCCUCAACCUGUGGAGGAGAAACCAGCUCCACAUAAGGACCACAAGAAGAAAGAAUCUACGAUUCAUCGCAAGAAACAUAAGCAUCCAAGCUCUUCGAAAACUCCCGUCGAAAAAACCGAUUCCCUCACGUUGAAGACGAUGGACAUCGAUAUCGGCGAGGGACAAAAAGGGGAGCCUGAGCCCGAACCUGUUGACGAAAACGAGCCUCCGGAAGAAGUCGCUCCCAGUCCCAUGGUCGAAGAGCCGGUCAACACGGGCCCCCUGACGAAGCGGGAAAAAAGACGCCUUCGCGGUCAGCUGCGGACGGACGAGAUUGCGAAGUCGAAGAAAGUGAUCGACGCGAAGCAGGUUGAACGCCCGCCCGAUGACGCGGUAAACGGUAGCGAAACCGCUGAAAAUGCGCCCGCGAUGGACGUCGAUGAAACGCCGCCGCCCGCAGACGAGAAGCCAGCGGAGACGGUGACUAGCACGAUGCAAAUUGACCACAAGCCCGCUGCCAAGACGCCAAGUGGUGGGGUUUUGAAGAAGAGCAAGGCGACUCGAAUCCCAAGCACGGAAGAUCAUUAUUUUGUUACGCUCAAUGCAGCUCUGCUUCAGCAGGACGAUGCGUUUUAUUAUUCUGGUUUGCAGCCGACACGUCAGCAUGGGAUUCUCAAGCACUCCGGCGAAACGAAGAAAAACGUUUCCGAAGUGAAAAUGACCCCGUCCGAAAACUUACCCCAGGUUUUCAACGAUGUACCGAAAGAUUCCGAAAGCGUUCCGAAAGAUUCCAAUGGGUUGCUAAAAGGUGCCGAAGAGCCGCCGAAACCGGUCGCGAAUAGGAAAGUCUCCGAGUUCACCACGGUUGUCGAAGUUCUCAGCGGAGGAGGUAGACCGCCUAGCAGUGAUUACCCGGGCCAGGGGGGAAUGGUUGUCGGUCUUCAAUUAGACAAGACCGUCGCGCAUUCGUCCGAAAAAGUGACUGGUACCGACAAGAAAGCUGACGUGCCAAAGACCGAGAGCAAACCUGCUCAGCCCGAUUCCGAUCCUAAACGAAAACCCUCAGGAAAGGAGGGCACCGCCCCGCCUCUUAAGAAACCCCUCGCAAAAACGGAUAACACCUUGCAGACGAGAGAUUUCACACCUCCCCCGUGGCAGAGGAAAUCAAGCAGAGAGAAUCUCAAGCCAUCCUCACAACCCGUGUACGGUGUUUCGAAAAUCUCGCUCAACAGAAACCGUUUCGUGUCGGAUGACAAACAGCCCGCCUCGAAGUCCCCGACCAACGCGCCGGCGACACCGAAAUCUUCCAACGUUCUCGGAAAAAGCAAGCUUUUCGAAAAAGAAGCCAAUCAACCGGAACCCAAGAAAGCAGCCACAACGAAAUCCGAGCCAGAACUGAAAAACCUCGCAUGCGAGAUCAACUUGGACGAUAGCCCGGAGAAAAAUAGUGAAAGCAAACCUCGCUCCAAUAGCCAGGCAAGAGUUCGUUCCGACAGCAAGCCUAAGGUUCUCUCUGAUAAUGAAUCAAAAUCUCGCUCGAACAGCCAAUUGAAAGCGCAGUCAAAGACGCGUCCAGACAACGCGAAGAACGAAGAAAAUAAAGAAAGCAAGUUUACUGCGAACGCUUCAAGAUCACGGUCGGGAAGCCAAAGAAAGGACGACGGGAUUACGAAAGUUUCGAACGGCGAGAACGCUAAAAAAUCGAAAAAUAAUACGCCUCGAAGUACGGAAGAAGUUUCACCUUCCACCACUGUCCAGGUCUCCGCCGGGAAUGAAGAAGCGGAGCGGGAAACUGGGAAGGAGGUUAAGGAGCAGCUGUCUGGUUCGGCGACUCGCAGUUUGACUGAGGUUACGGUCAUGCCACGCGCUAAUUCGGAUGAAGAGAAAACAGGCGGUUUUGACAUUAUGCUUACUGUUGCCCCGCCGCCAACUGACGAGCCCUCGCAAGAACCACGCGCGGUGUCCUCGAUGAAAACGCGAUUCACAUCGACAUCGUCCUCGUCGUUGCCCGACCCGCGCUCGGGACUCGCCAACGGCAAGCUUACGUCAUUGAGUACCAACGAUAUGACGUCGCUUUCAACGAGGUACACGCCGCAGAAAAGGGACUUUUCGAAAUACCUCCAAAAUGAAUCAUCAAAAUCCAUCAAGACCACCGGAGUUCCUACAAAUACCAAAGCACCCGGGUGGCAGCUGAAGCGAAAUAACCCUCCGAAUACAACAACUACCCCUCCUAAAAUCACUGUUACCCCGAAAAGUCCCAGUACAGCCACGACUGUAUCGGUUUCACCCGCCGUAAAAUCCGCUACAGCAAAAGUUCAUAUGUCGAUUCCAAAAGGCAAAAAAACUGCCGUAAAUUCAACGGUGUACAUACCAACACGAUCCUUCGGCUUUACGACGAUGACCGGUAAUCAAACGGAACUUACCGCAAAACCUUCGGAACCCGAUGAUUCGACGAAGUUGAAUAACAAUGACGAAUCGAAACGUUGGUCCCAGUCUUCGUAUACGAGCGAUCGUUCGGGAAGUUCCGCUUCGUCCGACGACGUAGUCGCCGAGAACAACGAAAUAAACCGCACGAAUUCGAACGAAAAAAUUAGCAUAAAAGAUCCUGAAAUUUCGCGGCAAAUUGAAAAUCAUUCUGAGAAAUCGAGCCCAGUUACGCAACGAAAAUGGAAGGCGAAGCUCGUCCUUCCGGAAGAGUCCAAGAAAGUGCCUUCGGCGCAAGAUCGGGACACUCGGAUAUCGUCGACAAAUGCGCCUCGGAAGAAUAAAUUCUCUAACGUGCGAUCAAUGUGGGAAGGAAAAUAGGGUCUGGUAUCCUGCAAAAAAACGCGUGUGCUAAACACGGAAUUAUUUCAUUUGAAAUACGAACAAAGUUUGUAAAAUAUUAAGAAAAUCAAUUUAGCGGCAAAGUUUGAUAUACAUAUAUAAAUAUAUAUAUAUAAAUCGUAUUUUUAUAUGAAUUGUUAGGAGAUUUCCGCUAUUAUAAUUUAUAUUAAAUCUACUAUAAAGAAGGACGAGGACAAUUGCACAGACCAUUCUAUGAAUUUCACUUUGACGGACACAUGAAUGAUGAAUUAUCAGAAUCUUUGCUGUCAAUGUAUUUUGGAGUAGAAAGUUUUGGGUAUCAAUUAGAUUAUUUGC